AAUGGAGUAGCAUUAAUCAUAGCUCCGAUUAGGUAUAAUGAUGUGAUACAGACACGAGGAUACUGUUCCAACUCAAAAAUGAGCAACGGUGACGACACUCAAAAUAACCAGAACCAGGGCGGCGAUGGGGGGGAGCGCUCUGCUGUGGAUUCAACAAAGGAAAAACGAAGUUGGUUUCAUUCCUUGACCAGACGGAAGAAGUCCGACUCUGCCCUGGUCGCCCCGCCCACUACCAGCGACGCUGUUGCCCAGCCAUCUUCCCAGAUGCAGAAUAAUAACAACGAGCUCUGUGUCCCAAAUGCAUCUGGCUGCUCCGGUGGGGAUGCAUCCAUGGUCAUCGGCAGCACCAGCAGCAGCAGCCACAGCAAUGGGGGAACUCUGCGUAAGCGGAAGGACAAACGGAAUGUGUUCUCGCGUCUACGAAAGAAGGUGGGGCAGGGCUUGAGCUCCCUGCGAAAUUGGAACUCCAUGGGCGACUCCGACUGUGACGGAGGCACCACCGACGCUACUUAUGAGUUCCUUACACCGUCCAUUUGCGUUGAGCCCACAUUGCCAUUCACCCACGAUUACUUGCGUUUCAUCCAGAAGAAGUGGCUGAAGCGACAGGACACGCCAAACGAGGUCAUGUACAAGGCCUGUUCGGAGAUGCUCAAUCAAGUUUGGUACUGGGGCGAGAUUUCCAGGCGAGAUGCACAGCGCCAGCUCAGCGACAAGCCGACCGGAUCAUUUCUCGUUCGCGACUCGGAGACAAGCGGGUCCCAGUUCACACUCAGCUUCCGUAUUGUCAAUGUAACGCUGCAUUACCGUCUUGAGUAUAAGGAUGAGUUCUGGAACUUUGAGGAGCUCAAGUACGCGUCGAUUGUGGAGAUGAUCGAGGACAUCUUGUAUCGUUGCACCAACGAUAACUUUGUGUGCUUCGUCAAGGUGCCCAAUGAAAUGCAGCCGCCCUUGCCGGUGAUUCUUAAGUACCCCCUAAGUCGGUACCAAAACAUGCCAAAGCUGCAGGACCUGUGUCGGCGUGUCCUCCAGCGGCAAAUGAGUUCCGAACAGCUGGCCAACCUGCCAGUGCCAGUGAAAAUGCGGGAAUACUUGUCCGUAGAGCGCGAGUUGGUCUUUCAAAGCUAAGUACAGGUUGCUGCAGAGCAUCUGCUGGUUAUAGCUUUAAAAAACGGAAGGGAAACGAAGGCAAACAUGUAAACCAAAGAGGGUGACAGACAGUUAAUGAUAUUUAUUGGGAUUGUGUUGCUUGAAAUGAAUUCAAAGCAACACAUAAGCAAAAGCAAAUGCAGAUUCAAUGUUGGCCAUAUGUAUGUUUUUUGAUGCAUUUCUCUUCGCUCCAAAGUUACUAAGCGCACCGAAUUCUUUACGGAUGUACUGUACUGUACGUGCACAAGCCGAGUGUGGUGUGUAUGCUUUUACUGUAUUUGAUAUAAUGAUAAGUAACACGCCCAACCGUAUCUAGGAUACGAGCAUACCUAUGCCUAUGCUAUAUACUAUAUACUGCAUAUAUGUGUAUAUGUUAUUGGCCAAAUCACUCAAUUGAUUAGUUUUUCAUGGGUCUUGGUCAAAUCUGUACUAUUCUGUACACAAACAGAUACCUAAUAUUUGUAAAUUCAAGACACUACACAUGAAUGUAUUAACCUUAGCCUUAAGUCAGACUCUGAUAUUGUAUUGUACGUACAAGUAUUCGCAUUUUUUUGAUUCCUAGCGUCGACACAAACAAAUCUUUUCACUAAUCUAGAUAUGGUUGCACAUAACAGA